UGCGGUGUUACCCAACUGUUUCAAGAAUUUUUAGUUACGUUUGAAAACGUAACAGGACUGUUUCCAAAUUUAACAUUCUAUUUACUGGAGCGUUAAGAUGGGUUCCAAGUACCCGCCGUACCCGCCCUACGAUGCCACCCCCGCCCCGCCCUCCGUGGCCGAGACCAUCGUCGCUGGCCGCAGUCUGACCGUGCAGCACAAAUCGGUGUUCCGCCCGCCGGCGCACCCGCUGCCAAAACCUGCUAGACCAAAAGCACCCAAAGUAACCGAUGUGAAGAUAUCCCGACGCGCUAUGAGGGCGCAUGCUCGCUGCCUACGUCGACACGGAGCGGUGCUCACCGACCGCCUCGAGAGGCUGGCCAAGCCGCGCCGCCGCAACAUCAUCUACUUGUGGCGAGAACAUGCGGACUUACUCCCGCCUGAAACAAUAGAACGGUUUCGGGCCAUGCUCAACGCAGACGAGCCGUUCAAGCCCGACCAGGCGUAUGAAUACUUUGUAAAUUGCCGCAAAACUAAGAAGAAGAAUGCGGCUCACUGCAGCCUCAUAAAGAAGGACACGCACGCUGUGGUGACGGACAAGCGCUUCUUAUGGGCGCGUAAUGCGACCGUGGCGUUCGCCCGCGGCAUCCAACAGAGAUUGUCUCGGCCCGGACGAUACACGCUGGCUGACGGGAUGCUACGCCUGUCUAAUGUGAUUUUGGGCGAAACAUGCGGAUACAUGAAAAUGAGGACUCCAUCUCGACGAUGUACUAAUUCGAAGGCUAAAUUUAUGAUGGAAAUGUCCGAUAAGAUUGCAGUUUGGAUUGAUGAGAUACUAUCAGAAUCUGAUGAUCGAAUGUUAAUGAUGGACUUUGAUGAGGACGAAGAAGUGGAAAGGAGCAUACUAGAUGAGAACAGACCUGUGGGGUCCUCGGCCUCUGCGGCCCCGUCGGCUUCAGUUAUGGAGGCGGGACCGUCCUCUACGGUGGCCGGCCCUUCAACUACGACCUCUGAGACGGCUGCCGCUGUCGGGGCUCCAAGUCCAUCCCCACUGCCUGACGCGGCGCCAGGGGUCACAAGUCCACCCCCACCUGCUGAGGUCUCAGGGGCUACAAGCCCACCACCGCCGCCAGCCGAUAUACUGUUCCCAGGCAGAUGGGCAUCGGGCGGCGGCGGCGGCGGCGGCGGUAACGGUGAUGAUUUUGCUGAUGAUUUUCUUAACAUGAUGGGCGAAUCCAGCCUUCUAAGAGGACGCGAAAUGCUGGAGGCAUUUAAUAUUCUAACGGACUCUAUGCAAAAGAAAGGAGACGCGAAACUACUUUCCUAUGGCAAAUUCAACCAAACAUAUGCCGAAGGAGCGGAUGAGUUGAAACAGACUCCCGAUUUUACUGCUACGGAAUUUAACACCACAUUAGCCGGUCAGCUGAACAAGGAUCUGGGGGCAUGCGCAGCGCCAAAUACACCGGCUAAUAUCGCCUCCUUCAUGACAGAAAUGGUUGAUAUAUGCUCAAAUUUUUUGGCACAACACGCAGAAUUUAACAAGGAUAAAGGGCCUGCCUUCAAAAUUUUGAUACAAGAAAUGAAAAAGAAGACCAAAGAUGAGCUUUACAAGAAAGAAAAAAUUAACCGCACCUAUGGACAAGCAGCAGUAAUACUUGAGAAAGCUAAAGGGUUGGAGACCGACCAUGACGAUCCCAAUCUAUCUCAAGAUAUACAUUCGAAGUUGUCUGAUUUAGUGAAGAACGCUACUCCAGAUGAGCUGAAAACCGAUAUGGCUGAAACCGUGGACAUUUCAUCUAAGUUUCUGUCUCAGCAUGCUGUGGAUGAAGUGGAACGAGGGCCUGCCUUUGACAUAUUGAUUAAGAAGCUGGAAGCGGAAGGGUCACAGGAGUUUACACCACAGUUCGAUCCCUUGAAAACCAAUUUCAACGCGGCAUAUGUACUAAAGUCGGCGCCAGGCCUAACCAGCAUCACUCCGGAUACCGAGACUGCUCCAAUAUUCAAGAAAGCUUUGCACGCCGUGGCUGACAGCGUUUGUCCUCAAAAUUUGAAGCAGGAUAUGGAAGAGGUCAUCGGACGCUGUGCAAACUAUUUAUCAGCUUUCGUUCGUGACCGAGAAAACGCUUUGCAGAUUGUGAUAAGUGCUAUGAAGAAGUCUCCAACUAAAGAAUUAGCUAAAAGGGGGACUUAUACUAUGGACUACGGAUAUGGAGCUAUGGAAACCGAAACAGCGCCUACAAUUGUUCCAUAUCUUCCUAUAAAAGAUAUCGCGGAUGAGAUGAAAGGAAAACUAAGCAAAGAUACGGAAACUGAAACUCCUGCAAACUUGAAAGUUGCGGUGAAAAGUGCGGUUACAGACGUUUCUAAACAUCUCUCACAGGGUGCAGCUAUACGAAGCAAAGCAGCCGGUGCCAGAUAUCCGCUGAAUCUGCUAGCGGCAGUUAUGAAAUCAGCCGGGGACAAGAAACUAUACAAACAGAAAAACUAUACUGAAACUUACGCAGACGGUGGAACAGAGUUACAAUACGCCGGUAAAUUAGAAGCGGAUCCUAAAGCACAGGAUUUACAAAUCGAGAUCGACGCUGAGCUACACAAAGGAGUGCCAGUUAAAAUUGCCCCAACGAUCGCGGAAAGUAUGGGAGCCACAAUGGAUGAUGCUUCAAAACAUCUUGCUAAGUCGGGAAUGGCAAAAGCUGAGGCUGUGGAACACCUGAUAAAAGUGAUGAAGGAAGAAGGCGAUGCUACAUUGGGCAACCUCCAAGGCUACGAUCAAAGUUAUAAAGAUGGUGCUCGAAGGAUUCAAAAUGCCGACUCUUUAUACAACGACAAAGUAGAUAAAGGGGCAUAUGAAAAUGUACACGGAAAACUCAAAUCGCUAGUUGAGAAAAAACCUGACCAGACGGUUGCUAAAGCUAUGCCGAGAGUGGUCGACGAAGCUUCUCAGUAUUUAGCAGCACCAUUACCCGAGACUGAGGCCGACAAGCGCAGGGUCCUGGGAGACUUGAUGGCGAGGAAAGAGAACGAAAUACUGACGCAAGCGGGAGAUUAUAAAAUGACCUUCACUGAGGGCGGAAAAGAAAUUCAAAAGGCUCCUGUUGGGGUGACUACGGCACAAGACGAAGGAAAGAAAAAGCAAAUAAAUGAUCAAAUUAACACCACCAUACCCAACAAAGAACUGAAAGAUCUUCUUCGCACGGAGGCUAUGAAACACAUCCAAGGUGGACUUAAAAAUGAAGGAGACAAAAAUUUCUUGAACGUAGGAAAGUUUGACAAGACUUACGCAGGUGCAGGAGAUAUGUUGGGUAAAGCAUCAUCAUUUGGAGGAGAGAACCCUAACGGGAUGAUUCGCGACGUGGUUCACGACCGUUUGGACAACCUGGACAAGCUGGGAGCGUCGGAUUUAGCCAAGAAUCAUAUGAAGGAGGCCGUUGAUAAAGCAUCUAAUUACAUUUCUGACGUGGCUACCAAGGAAAGUGGUUUGACUGCAGCAGAAAUUGCCGCGUGGAAAGCUUCAGGCGCAGGCGCGGGCGCCGGCGCAUCGGCAGGCGCCGGCGCGGGCGCAUCCGCGGCCGCGGACAUGGGUAGGGACAGUGCUGCUGACGAAGAAGCACGUCGCCGUGCUGCUGAGGCAGCAAGAAGGGCCAAGAAAAAGAGUGCCGGUGAUACCGAUGCCGAGGAAGCGGAGCGGCAGGCCGCGCUGGAUAUUCUGCACAGGCAACUACAGGCUAAGGGCGGCGAGACGUUCUACAAACAUUCUCACUCCGAACUCUCGCACAAGGCCGCCUCGGAUUGGUUGAAGAGUCCAUCCGCAGUGCACCAAUCUGUAAAGGAAUCUGGUGACACGUCGCGUUUGGCCAAGAAGUUUGAGCGAAAGCUAGACUCGUUGGUCAGUAGCAGUACUCCGGCUCAGCUGCAGGAUACCAUGCAAGAUGUUGUCAUUGAAGCUUCACAUGGCCUUGCCGAAUUCUUUGUUGCUGAGAGUUACAAGGCGCUUGUGAAGGAUGGACUGAUAUAUGAAAUGCAAAAACAUGGGAACAAUACAUUGAUUGACAAAAGAGACAUAACUGAGACUAAUUUCUUUGCUGCACAGAGGUUGAAGAAAAUGCAAGGUUCUAUACCAGCAGCGCCAAAUGUAGAGCCAUCUCGAACUGUCGCUCAUCUUUCCAGAAGAUUAGAAGAAACAAUCCGAUGUCGCGCUAUGCCUCGCAAAUUAAUCGGCACUAUGAAAGAACACAUCCGAAAUACUGCUUACUAUUUGUCCGACAUUGUGGCUACACCAGAUCCCAACAUUGAGGCCUACGUGGCGCUCCUGAAAGAGAUGGACACGCAGGGAAGCGCGCUGCUCGUUGAGGGAGCUAUCCCCAAAACGUACAAGGAUUCUGCAGCAUACCUUCGAUUAUUGACAUCGUGCGCAGAUCAGAUCAAUCUCUCUAACUCUGGUUUGGAAAGUAGUGUCUCAAGCAACCUGACCAGAAUAAUGAAUAACGUGCCCGAAAGAGGAUACACUAAAGCUGACCUAGACGGUGUCAUACGCGCACAAACUAAAUUAUUGGUGUCGUACAUCAUGCUUCAAGAAAAAAGGACGGCUCUGCUAAAGCAAGUCGUAGACCGGCUUGCCUCUGCUCCUGAGGGUCUGCUGCUACGGCACGGCACCAUUCGCCAGUCCAACGGAGACGGAGCUCGCAUAUUAUCCGGAAAAAAUACCGAUCAACUUACGGUGACCGGUGCAGAUCCCGUAGUGGAACGUAAAGUUCAAAUCAAAAUUGUUACUUUGAUGGAAGGAUUGGUACCCGAUAACCAAAACGAACUCAUGGAUGGUGUAAUUGCUGAUGCUACUCGGUAUCUUGCUGUUCAUCUUUUACAACCACAUGUGAUCCAAGUGUGCAAGUGCAUGAAGAGCGUGUUUGUGCAAUGCGAGUUGUGGUGCGACGAGAUCUUCAGGCGCAUGUCGCGCCCGUGCUGCACAUGCUCGCGGCAGCUGGUGAUGGAUGCGCUGUCAGAGUUAGCGCCCGGCGAACGGCUCCAAUCGUCGACUCCAGGAGAUCGGGCCUACGCGCCCGGUGUCGAUAUCACCAUCAGGCCGUGUUCACGCACCUGCAACCGUGGGUCGCCCUGCCCCGCGCCCGCCCCUACAGAGGGCUGCCAGACCUCCUACAUGCUCUACUCCACUGAGUACAACCGCCAACGCCAGUACCUCGAUUCUCCGACCAAACUCGCACGCUCGUCCUUCCACGACACCACCGUCCAGCCUCCUAGCACCAUCAGCCACAUGCCCCUCGAAGUGUCAAAUCAAUUUUCGUCAUCGCCAUCUUCCGAAGAACUUAUAUCUGAAUCUAUACAACCCUCAAGCACAUGCUUUUUACCCCGAUCGAGUCAAAUAAAAAAUUUGAACUCUGAGGACAUGUCUAACUCCUGGUCUUACCAUACACCGCCACCGUCUACCGACAAAUCUGGUGCUUGUGCCUUUGAAGGAACCAGGUCACCGCCGGGCUUCGCUUGGAGAGCACCUGUUUCGUUACGGAUGCAAACUAGUCCGGCAACACCAUUCUCAGAGACGGGAUAUACUCGUACUGACAGGAGAAAUCCAGAUUCAAAUGUUUCAGGCAUACCGGUGAUCUCAACCGAUCAAAUGGGCGACUGGCACGCCAUGAUGGUGAGCCUGACGUGGAACGUGCAAGCCUGGCGCAAGUGGAUACAAGAGACCGUGGACCGCGCGUUGUCAUAUCAGCACAGUAGUCAUUUGACAGAUAAAUCUGCAGAAUCAUGGAAAGUUUUCCGGAGAAAAAUAGCUACAGAAGCCCUACAAUGGCGCCAGUACAAUCUUUUUAGUCGGCAGUUGAUUCUACGACUUGCUAUCCGGUACCAGGAUAAAAAGAUCGUCUCUCCGACCAGAGGGACAGUUAAAAAUAAAAAUUACAUGGACUGUCAAAACGAAAUGUUGCAAGUUAUCGACAUGUUCAACAAAUGGACCCACUUUAUAUCUGUCAUAGUAAAGGAGACCGAUUCAUUACGACCGCCGUCACCUACUACGGACUCACAGCAACAUGAUUUGCGAUGGAAUUACUUCAAAAGUAAAGUGGAGGAAUAUGCAGAAGAUUGGAAAAACUACAAUACGCAAAUCAUUAAAUUAAAUUGGGAAAACCACUUCAUGGGACUCAUUCCAGAAUGGGUAUCACUGUGGAAAUCAGGCGGGCCGGUGUGGGUGGUGAGCGCGUGCGGCGCGGUGCCGAGCGGCGCGGUGGCGGCCGGCGCGGCCACCUGGGUCGCGCGCACCACGCACCGCGGCCGCGUGCUGCCCGCCGCCCUGCGGCCCUCCAAGCACUGCUGCGUCCUGUACGCGCAGGGUGCCGUGCACCACUAUACCAAGUACCAGGUACUAUGCAACGCGGACGUGGAGUGGAUCCCGUGGCGCUCGGGCGGCUCGGUGCCGUCGCGCGCGGUGGUGGUGGCGCCGCGCGUGCUGGCGGGGCGCGUGCGCUACCGCGGCGCGUACCUGCUGGGCGCGGUGCCGGCACCCGCCUACCGCUGCCACAUCGUCAUCCUCGGCCGCCCGUUCGCUGUCAACACCUACGAGCUCCUGGUGUUGGCGGACACGGGCACCUAAUCUUUCGGAGUGAGCUAUCCAGAAAUUUUAAGUGAGUUUUAAAUUUAAAUGAAUCGCAGGCUUCGUGCGAAAUCGGGAUCGGCGUUUGAAAAGUCGGGGAUUGGAAAAUCGGAGUAUUAGGCGUAUUUUUAUUGUAUUUAGAUUAGAUGGAGCGAUGGAAAUUAUGCAAUAUAGAUACUUAUUUGCUGUAAAAACGCUAACAAAAUUUAUUUAUAAUGUAAUUACUGUUAGGAGCGGACACACACCGUGAAAAUUAAUUGUGAACGUCCAGUGAGCUUUUGUGAAUGUUUUGUGAUUUCCUAAUUAUGGGAAUUUUUGAAAUAU